AUGAAAAAUCACACAAUAACAAACUUUAUCCUGUUAGGACUGACAGAAGAUCCUCGAUUUCAGGUUCCAGUUUUUGUUUUUUUCUUUCUCACUUAUAUGUUGAGUAUUACUGGGAAUCUGACCAUCAUAUCCCUCACUUUACUGGAUUCUCACCUUAAAACACCCAUGUACUUUUUCCUACAAAAUUUUGCCCUAUUAGAAAUUUCAUUUACAUCUGCUUGCAUUCCCAGAUAUUUGUACAACAUAGCAACAGGUGAUAGGUCAAUUACUUAUACUUUUUGUGUUGUUCAAGUGUUUUUUACUGAUGUCUCUGGAGUAACAGAAUUUUUUCUUCUGGCCAUCAUGUCCUACGAUCGCUAUGUGGCUAUCUGCAAACCCCUGCAUUAUGUGACCAUCAUGAACAGCAGAGACUGCAGAAGCCUUGUCAUCUGCUGUUGGAUGGGUGGAUUGUUCAUUAUACUCCCACCAUUUACCCAGUUCCUAAAUCUGAAAUUCUGUGACUCAAACGUAAUUGAUUAUUAUUUCUGUGAUGCAUCUCCUAUCCUGAAGAUUUCAUGCUCAGACACAUGGCUCAUACAACAAUUGGUGAUUGUGAGUGCUGUGCUAACCUUCAUUCUGACCCUUCUGUGUGUGGUUUUGUCCUACAUCUACAUUAUAAAGACCAUUGUAAGAUUCCCUUCUGCUCAACAAAGGAAAAGGGCUUUUUCCACCUGCUCUUCCCACAUGAUUGUGGUCUCCAUCACCUACGGAAGCUGUAUCUUCAUCUAUAUCAAUCCUUCAGCAAAAGAAUCAGUGGCUAUUAACAAGGGUGUGACAGUGCUAAUGACGUCCAUUGCUCCCGUACUGAACCCAUUCAUUUACAGUCUGAGAAACAAACAAGUGAGACAAGCAUUCAGUGACUCACUCAAAAAAAUCUUACUGGUUUUCAAGAAGUAA